AUGGGGAGAGAUAUGGUAGUCACAAGCGACAUGGAUUCUGUCAGGCAGUCGGCGCUUGAUCACCUUUGGAUGCACAAUUCCGACUGGAUUACUAUGGCCGAGGAAGGCGGGCCGUCCAUAAUGGUCAGUGGUGAUGGCGUGCGCGUCACAGAUUCCGAGGGCAAAGUGUGGAUUGACGCGCACGGCGGAUAUGCCUCUGUAAACGCGGGUUACGGGCAAACAGGAAUCGCCGAUGCCAUGCUGGAGCAGAUGAAGAAGCUUACAUAUUUCCCGCAGGGCACAACGACGGUUCCGCUGAUUCGACUUGUGGAAAAGCUGGGCGAACUUGCGCCCGCCAACCUGGAGCGCGUCUGGCCCGCCAGCGGCGGCUCAGAGGCGAACGAGACGGCGGUGAAGAUUGCCAGGGCGUAUCACAAGCGGCGCGGCGACAACGGGCGAUAUAAGGUAAUCAGCAGGCGUGGAUCGUAUCACGGCGCGACUGGCGGCGUGAUGUGGAUGGGCGCGAGUGCCGGCCUAAGCGACUUCGAGCCGGCGAUGCCAGGAAUGCUUUACGCGCCUCAGCCUAACUUCUAUCGCUGCGAAUUCGAUAGCAGCACACCCUCUGAGUGCGCCGAGCGCUCCGCCAAAGCAGUUGAAGACUUGAUUUUGUUGCACAGCCCAGAUACUGUGGCUGCCCUCAUAGGAGAGCCGAUUACAUCAGCAGGCGGCGUGUCGGUUCCUUCAGACGAAUACUGGCCGAUGGUGCGCGAAAUAUGCGAUCGCUACGGCGUGCUGCUUAUCGCAGACGAGGUGGUCACGGGGUUCGGGCGCACGGGCAGGAUGUUCGCAAUGGAGCACUACGGCGUCGUUCCCGACAUCAUGACCAUCGCCAAGGGCAUAACGAGCAGCUACCUGCCGCUUGCCGCCACGAUUUCGGCGACGUAUGUCGCGGACGCAUUCGCGGGCGAGGACAACGUCUUCCGGCAGGCCCUCACAUUCGGCGGGCAUCCGGUAACUGCCGCCGUUGCCCUCAAGAACAUCGAGAUUAUCGAGCAGAAUGACCUUGUGGGCAACUCGGAGCGCAUGGGCGCGUACUUCCUGGAGCGGCUGGAGGAAUUGAAAGGGCGGCAUCCAUCGGUUGGCGACGUGCGCGGAGUCGGUUUGCUGCUUGGAUUGGAGUUGGUGAGAGAUCGCGAAACCAAGGCGCCGUUCGACGACAGCCUCCAAGUAAGCAAACGCCUUACUGACAAAAUGAGCGAGCGCGGCGUCAUAAUGCGUUUUAGCGGUGACAAGGUCACCAUUGGGCCUCCGCUCUGUAUCACCAAGGACGACAUAGACGAAAUCGUGAGCGCAAUGGAUAGCGCGAUAGGCGAAAUGGAGUCUGAGCUUUCCCUCCGCUAA